GCCCGGGUUGCGGGGAGGAAAAGGACUUCUGCUAACACUAAGCUAUCUUUGUAUCUUCAGAAGUAUUAUCUGCGUACUUAGCUAGAGAUCUCAUCCUUUUACAGAUAUGAAACGGUUGUGGAUUAUAGGUCUCGUCUGUGCUCUCCUGGCAUUUACUGCCGCAAGAGCAGACGACGAAGUAGACGUGGAUGGCACAGUGGAGGAAGACUUGGGCAAAAGCCGGGAUGGGUCCAGGACAGAUGACGAGGUGGUUCAGAGGGAGGAGGAGUCCAUCCAGCUGGACGGGCUGAACGCGGCUCAGAUAAAGGAGCUGCGGGAGAAGUCGGAGAAGCACGCCUUCCAGGCCGAGGUCAACCGCAUGAUGAAGCUGAUCAUCAACUCCCUGUAUAAGAACAAGGAGAUCUUCCUCAGAGAGCUGAUAUCCAAUGCCUCUGAUGCCCUGGAUAAGAUCCGCUUGCUCUCCCUGACCAAUGAGGACGCCCUUGCCGGUAACGAGGAGCUGACAGUCAAAAUCAAGUCUGAUAAGGAGAAGAACAUGCUCCACAUCACGGACACAGGCAUCGGCAUGACCAGAGAGGACCUGGUGAAGAACCUGGGAACCAUCGCCAAGUCUGGCACCAGCGAGUUCCUCAACAAGAUGACGGAGAUGCAGAGCGAGGGCCAGUCCACCUCCGAGCUCAUCGGCCAGUUCGGCGUGGGCUUCUACUCCGCCUUCCUGGUGGCCGACAAGGUCAUCGUCACCUCCAAGCACAACAACGGCACCCAGCACAUCUGGGAGUCCGACUCCAACGAGUUCUCCGUCAUCGAGGACCCCCGCGGGAACACGCUGGGCAGGGGAACCACCAUCACGUUGGUGAUGAAGGAGGAGGCAUCAGAUUACCUUGAGCUGGAGACCAUUAAGAACCUGGUGAGGAAAUACUCCCAGUUCAUCAACUUCCCCAUCUACGUCUGGAGCAGCAAGACGGAGACCGUGGAGGAGCCCAUCGAUGAGGAGGCCGAGGCUGAAGAGGAGAAGAAGGAUGCCACUGAGGAUGAAGCAGAAGUGGAGGAAGAGGAGGAGGACAAGGACAAGCCAAAGACGAAGAAAGUGGAGAAGACGGUGUGGGACUGGGAGCUGAUGAACGACAUCAAGCCCAUCUGGCAGAGGCCGGCGAAGGAGGUGGAGGAGGAAGAGUACAAAGCCUUCUACAAGACCUUCUCACGGGACACAGACGAACCCCUCUCCCACAUCCACUUCACCGCCGAGGGAGAGGUCACCUUCAAGUCUAUCCUGUUCGUGCCCGCAGCAGCGCCCCGAGGGCUUUUCGACGAGUACGGGUCCAAGAAGAACGACUUCAUCAAGCUGUUUGUCCGCAGAGUUUUCAUCACAGACGACUUCCACGACAUGAUGCCCAAAUACCUGAAUUUCGUCAAGGGCGUGGUCGACUCUGACGACCUCCCUCUGAACGUGUCGAGAGAGACGCUGCAGCAGCACAAGCUGCUGAAGGUCAUCCGCAAGAAGCUGGUGCGCAAGACCCUGGACAUGAUCAAAAAGAUCGCCGAGGAGCAGUACAACGAGAAGUUCUGGAAGGAGUUCGGCACCAACAUCAAGCUGGGCGUGAUCGAGGACCACUCCAACCGGACGCGGCUGGCCAAGCUGCUGCGCUUCCAGACCUCCCACAGCGAGUCGGGGCUCUCCAGCCUGGAGCAGUAUGUGGAACGUAUGAAGGAGAAGCAGGACAAGAUCUACUUCAUGGCCGGGACCAGCAGGAAGGAGGCGGAGUCUUCUCCUUUCGUGGAGAAGCUGCUGAAGAAGGGUUACGAGGUGAUCUACCUGACGGAGCCUGUGGACGAGUACUGCAUCCAGGCCCUGCCCGAGUUCGACGGCAAGCGUUUCCAGAACGUGGCCAAGGAGGGCGUGAAGUUCGAGGAGAGUGACAAGGCCAAGGAGAAGAGGGAAGCCCUGGAGAAGGAGUUUGAACCCCUCACCACCUGGUUGAAAGACAAGGCUCUGAAGGAUAAGAUUGAGAAGGCCAUCCUCUCCCAGAGGCUGACUGACUCUCCCUGCGCCCUCGUGGCCAGUCAGUAUGGCUGGUCUGGAAACAUGGAGAGGAUCAUGAAGGCACAGGCCUAUCAGACAGGAAAGGACAUCUCCACGAAUUACUAUGCAAGUCAGAAGAAGACCUUGGAAAUCAACCCCAAGCAUCCUCUCAUCAAAGAGAUGCUGAAGAGAGCCUCAGAGGACCCUGAGGAACAGACAGCCGCGGACCUGGCCGUGGUUCUGUUCGAGACCGCCACCCUGCGGUCGGGCUACCAGCUGGCCGACACCAAAGCUUACGGAGACCGGAUAGAGCGCAUGCUGAGGCUCAGCAUGAACGUGGACCUCAGUGAGCAGGUGGAGGACGAACCAGAGGAGGAGGCUGAAGAACCAGCAGAGGAUGAAGAGGGUGAAGAUGAAGAGGAAGUAAAAGCAGAGGAGGAGGAGGAGGAAUCGGAGGAAACGGCCACAGCGGAGAAAGAUGAAUUGUAAAGCACUGAAUCGGGGGAGGGCUGGGGAGCGAGACUGGGAGCAGAACCACGACUGGAUCCAUCAUGGCCACUCUGCUCUGGGAGGGGGGCUGCUUGGGACAGGGGUUUUUUAAGGGCCGUUUGUUUUUUUUUUGUUUGUUUGUUUUUUUUUUUUUACAUUCUUCAUGACUGUAAAUUUGUUAAUAUUUAACUGACCUGAUUAUGGAAUGAUGGCAUCCUGUCAU